GGCGGGGCAGAGCGCGCGGCGGCGUGAGGCGGCCGGGCCUGGCACAGGGGCGGGAAGGGCCGCGAUUGCAGAGUCUUCAGGACAAACGGUCUCUUGCUGUACGUGUGCAGAGCCCGGCACGGUGGGGCCCUGAUCGUAGACGCCAGAGGCUACUGUAGCACAGACAGUAGUGUGAGAAGAACAGCGGCCGAGGCCUCCUGCAAACAUUUAUACACGUGCUAAACUCUACUCACAAGAUUGCGGGACUCCAUUAAAGAUAAGAACCUCCCAAAGCAAUGGGGCUGCUCACAUGAGUAAAAAGAAAAGGAGGACUUGUGGCACCUUAGAGACUCCUUUUCUUUUUACGGAUACAGACUAACGCGGCUGCUACUCUGAAACCUCACAGGAGUAAGGUUAAGUAGGGGUGGAGUGUGUGCAGAAUUAGUGCAACUGCAGGCGGUGCUAGUGGAGAACUGGAGUAGUGCUAGUCUGUGUGGUUGGAUCUAGUUUUCAGACUAGAGGGAUGUGAAUAUGAGCCAUAAUAUUAUUUAGAUCUUAGAAUUUUUAUUCAAAUUAGAAAUUGUCUCAUUUCUGGCACAGUUUCCGACUGAUGGUGUCACUUUUAUUGUUAAAGUCAGGACAAAGCCAAACCUAUAAUACCAAGUGAGAAUCAGAUGCCCUGAAAAAGAACAGGACAAACCCUGGCAUAGUAGUUCAAAAUAGAGCAAGUAGAAUGCAGAGCAGUAAUCUUUUAAUUUACAGGCAAGAAUGAGACCACAGUCUGAAAUUUGGAACAAUCACAUUUUCUUGUCAGACAAUCAAAUUUGAAAUUUUAGUUUCCUGUAGGCAAGCAAUUUAUAUCUUGAACUUGUUGGUGUACUUUGCAGGGAGGAAGGCUGUGACUAAAGCACAAGAUUAAAUUAUUCAGGAGACCAGAGUUUACUCAACUCUGCCAUUCACUUCCUGUGUUACCUUUCACAAAUCCCUUAAUUGUCUUUUGUUUUCUCCUCUGUGAAAUGGGAAUAGUAAUAAUUGCUUAACUCAAAGGGAUGUUACAGGGUGGCAUUAGAUAAUAUUUGUAACUUAUGUUGUCCUUAGGACAGAGGUGAAAGUAAGCCAGUAUGGCCCGGUACGGUGUACCAGCAAGAGCCGGUGCACCGUACUGGGACAGCCCGGCUUCCCCAGGGGGCAAUUUAAAGGGCCUGGGGCUCCCAGCAGUGGCUGGAGCCCCGGGCCCUUUAAAUUGCCUCCAGAGCCCUGCUGCUGGAGCCCUGGGGUAGCAGCUGCGGGGCUCUGGCGGCUAUUUAAAGGGACUGGGGCGCCCCUGCUUCUACCGUUCUGGCCCUUUAAAUAGCCGCCGGAGCCCCACCGCUGCUACUCCAGGGCUCCGGGGGCUAUUAAAAGGACUGGGAUGGUAGAAGUAGGGGAGCCGCAGGCCCUUUAAAUAGCCCCCAGAGCCCUGGGGUAGCGGGGGCUCCAGGAGCUAUUUAAAGGGCCGGGGGUCCAGCUGCCUCUGCCGCCCCGGUCCUUUAAAUAGCCGCUGGAGCCCCGCCACUUCCCCAGGGCUCCGACGGCUAAUUAAAGGCCCUGGGCAGUAGAAGCAGUGGAGCCCUGGGCCCUUUAAAUAGCCCUGGGAGCCCUGGGCUGCUGCUGCUACCCCGGUGGGGGAGGGGACGAGGAAAAGGGGGGGCACUUACCUUACAGGGUGGGCUGGGGCUGGCGCUGACCCCCUCAGCCCCGCCCCUUCUGGGGGCCAGAGCUGGCCCCAGCGUACCGAAUUCAACAGAUGAAUAUGCAGAGAAGGUGGACAUUAUACCUGCAAAGUAGAGGCUUUCAUAGUGAUGAAUAAUGUAAAGAUCUUUGCAGACAGUUUUUACUUACAGCAGAGCAGCCUUAUAGCCAGCGAGCAAGUUCUUAUCUGCACAAGCCAUAGAAGAAAAAUCAUAUUUAUAUUAACAGUUUCAUUGGCUGAGUGUCUGCCCUAUUGUAACUUUGGAUAUAAGCUGUGAUUUAUUUUUUUCGUACUUCAUAGGAAAAUGGCUUUUCAGUUUAACUUCUCUAUUGAAGAGAAAGCAGAAAAUGAACUCAAGACUCUUGGUGAUACAGCCUUGCAGCUGGAAUCUGCACAGGCUUCUUUGAAUCCAGGGGGAUCUACAGAAAAGAGCAAAGAAAUUUCAUUAGUAGAAAAUGUUGUGCACAAGGAGUCGCUGUGUGCACAUGAGGCAACACCCAAAACUGCAGCUCCAUUAGCAAAAUGUAGCCCCAAUAAAAGCCAGGUCCAGGUGCUGCCAAAGAAACAAGCCCACUUUAAAGUUGCCAAAGAGCAUAAGAUUCCUGAAGAUUUCAGCAAAGUGUUAGAAAAUAAAGUUAUGGAAGCUGUACAGGGCCUAUACUAUGUAAGUAUUUCCGUGGUGGAAAUGACCCUUUCAAAUGACUCCCAUGAAGAAGACAUAGUGUCUAAAAGUAUUUCUUCUCACUCUGAUCUUAUCACAGGCAUCUAUGAAGGGGGGCUGAAAAUAUGGGAAUGCACUUUUGAUCUCAUGGAUUAUUUGUCAGAGGCUGAAAUGCAGUUUAUCAACAAGACAGUCUUGGAUCUUGGUUGUGGGGCUGGGCUGCUGGGAAUAGUUGCAUUAAAGAGAAAAGCUAAAGAAGUCCACUUUCAGGACUAUAACCACACUGUGAUUGAUGAAAUAACCUUGCCUAAUGUGGUGGCUAACUGUACUGAUGGUGGUGGUGAUGGCAGAAUUAGUGAACCUCCUUCAAAGAAGCACAAGAAAGCAAACUUCGUACCAGCUCUCAUGUCUAAAUGCAGAUUUUUUUCUGGAGAAUGGGCUGAGUUUAGCCAACUCAUGUUAAGUGGCAACAAACCCUUUUCAAAGUAUGACCUUAUUCUCACGUCAGAGACCAUCUACAAUCCUGACAACUACAGUGCUUUGCAUGAUACGAUUUCUAAACUAUUGGUUAAAAAUGGCCGUGUGUAUUUGGCUAGCAAAGCACAUUAUUUUGGGGUGGGAGGCGGUGUGCAUAUCUUUGAGAAAUUCAUUGAAGAGAGGAAUGUGUUCAGGACUAGAACUGUCAAAGUUAUCGAUGAAGGACUGACGCGGUACAUUAUUGAAAUGGCCUUUAAGAUUUCCAGUUAAUCCACUCAUUCCCCAUUGUGCCUGUUAAAUAUCUUAAUAAAGAUGUGAUUUAUAGCCA